AUGAUGCAAGAUCUUCAAAAACACAAUUUUUCUUAUAGUAACUUUAUUUUAAUUGGAUUUCCGGGAUUCUUGGAAAAAAGGCAAUUGCUUUUCAUUCCUUUUUGUCUUUUAUUUAUAUUGUCUAUAUCUUCAAAUUCUGUAAUCAUACACACAAUUCGCACAGGACAUACCCUGCAGUCUCCUAUGUAUAUAUUAAUAUGCACAAUAGCAGCUGUAGAUUUAUCCAUACCCAUGACUUUUGCUCCAAAAAUGUUGCUGGCAUUUUUAUUUGAUUGGAAUGAAAUUUCUCUAAUUGGCUGUCUUGUUCAGAUGUUUUUUGUUCACUUGACAAGCUCAUUUCAGUCAACUGUACUUUUAGUAAUGGCUUUAGAUCGCUAUGUUGCAAUAUGCAGUCCAUUGCGCUACAAUGAUUAUAUAAAUAAUUCUACUUUACUAAAGAUGUCUAUAGCAGCGCUAAUAAGAAAUAGCAUUUUCAUUAUUAUCUUUACAAUUCCAGCAGGUUAUUUGACAUUCUGUACGUCAAAUGUGAUUGAGCAUUGCUACUGUGAUCACAUGUCAUUGGUGAGUUUAGCUUGUGAUAAUACUUUAAAAAACAACAUCAUGGGAUUAGCAGCUAUCAUUUUUGUAGCAGGUGUGGACUUAAUAUUUAUUUUCUUUUCAUAUUUUAAAAUCUUCCAUGCAGUCCUCAGAACAGCUUCUGGAAAAGGAAGACAAAAAGCAAUUCAUACAUGUAGCACACAUUUAAUUGUUAUCCUGAUGGGUUAUCUUUUAGCUUUGUGCUCAUUCCUUGCAUAUCGGAUAAGAAAUUCAGUUUCAACCGAUACUCACAUUUUAGUGAGUGUACUCUAUUUAAUGUUACCCAGUUGUUUUAACCCCAUUAUCUAUGGUGUCAGAACAAAGGAGAUCAGAGAACAAAUUUUACAAAAAAUGAAAGGAGGAAAAAUGUGCUCUGUUUCAAAUAUAAGCCAAGAAUUAGAACUUGAAACAUAA